AGGUAAGAAUUGAAGCAGACCCACUACGAUCCAACUCCAUGAAAACCGGUUCCCACGAGAGCGACAUAGGUUUCUUCCGUGCCAACAAAUGCUGCUGCUGCUGCAGGUUGAAUCGUUUCAUGAAUCAGUCCGUGAUGUGAAUUCGGUGGGCACGCAUCGAAGAAUUGUUCGUGUACUCGUCGAGAUAGCCGAGUCAGUAUUUUUGAAGAUAGUGUUGUGAAACACAAGAGACCCAUUCGUCGUGAGCUUUGAAUUUGUCCCCUCACAGUCGCGUUAUUCGCGAAACUCCAUAUCGAGUUUCAGUGAGUUGUGUGCUGCUUCUAGGUGCAGUAUUUGAAAGGCUACAUCGUGGCAUUUCUGAAACGAUUAUUCGUGAAAGAAAACGGAUUACCAGUGGCAUUACAAAUUCACUUUCAACACAGGAAGAAAUAAGUGCAUGCUAAGCAAAAAUCGACUUCGAGCAGUGAAAGUGAUCAAAGGUGUUGAACGAACGCGAGUACGAGAUACUGUUUUUUUUUGCGGUGCGCAGACUAUUUAAAUCUAUUUUAUUUUGGCAAUGGACCUCAAAGGCUGGAUUAUGUCAGCUUUUGUACUGACUGUAUGGGUCAAUCACAAUGGUCAAACUGAAGCCAGUAUAGUAACCGAUCACGAUCGCGUCGUUGUUUGCUACAUUUCGACUUGGGCCGUUUACCGGGAAGGUUCGGCGUCCUACAGCUUGGAUCACUUCGACCCAAAACUAUGCACGCACGCGAUCUAUGCGUUCGCCGGCCUGGACGUGGACAACAAUGCGAUGCGAUCUCUUGAUGCGUGGCAAGAUCUGAAAGACAACUACGGAAAGGGAGGUUACGAGAAGCUGGUGGGGAUGCGUACCUCGAAUCCACAUUUGAAGGUAUUGAUUGCCAUCGGUGGCUGGAACGAGGGUUCCGAGAAGUAUUCUAACCUGGCGGCAAAUCCGGAGAGGCGCCAAGCUUUCGUGAAAAAUGCGCUGGAGUUUGUCAAACGGUACGGUUUCGAUGGGCUGGAUUUGGACUGGGAGUAUCCGACACAACGUGGUGGAAAACCCUACGAUCGAGAGAAUUUUGUUUCGCUCGUCAAAGAACUCAGUCAACUGUUUAAAAGAAACAACUUGAUGCUAACAUCGGCAAUUGGUGCGGGCAAAGAUACGAUCGACUCGGCGUAUGACAUCAAAACGUUGUCCAAAUAUUUGGAUUUCCUCCAUAUCAUGUCCUACGAUUACAAUGGAAGUUGGAACAGAAAGAUUGGUCCAAAUGCCCCGCUACAGAGUCGGGAUGUGCUGAAUGUGGAAUAUACAAUCGAACAUUUGUUAGCUCUGGGGGCACCAUCCAGUAGAAUAGUGCUGGGAUUGCCCUUCUACGGUAGAACUUUCGUAACCUCUUCAAAGCGUGCCAAAAUGGGCGAUGAAUCGGAUGAGAAAGGCUUCUCUGGUCCUUCUACCAAGGAGAACGGAUUCAUGGGCUACAAUGAGGUGUGUGAGGCAAUCAAACAAAAUCCAGACGGUUGGAAUGUCUCCUGGGAUUCUGAGGCCUGUGAAGCAAUCGCAACCAUGGUGGAGGGAAACACAACGAAAGUGGUGAUCUAUGAUAGUACCCGUUCGAUUGCAAAUAAAGUACGUUUUGCAAUUCGUCAAAAUUUGGCAGGUCUGAUGAUUUGGUCCGUCGAUACGGAUGAUUUCAAUGGACUGUGUGACCCCGAAAAGGAAACCUAUGCCGACUUUGGCGAUCAUGAUAAUAUCAAGCUAAAUAUACCACCGCCAGUAAAGCAGAAGUACAAGUUGUUGAAAACAGUGAAUGACGCCAUUGUGGUGGCGACAGACGAACUGAACCAGGAGAAUGAGAUUUCUAAUAUACCCGAGGAGGUUGAAGGUUCAACGCAUAAAGUACCAUCGGCCGGAGAUUUCGGACAGAGCCUAGCGAAUGCGGCAACUUUUACUGCCCUAUUGGUGUUCGCAUUGACGAAGAUGUUGUAAAAUAAGUUUUAAAGAAAUAGUGUGUAAAUUGCUAAGUGUGAAGCUGUAAAUAAAUGAGACAUAUGAUGUAUGCGUAUUUUGAGUUAUGUACAAUUGA